UCCUUGCUUAUAUUCCUUUUAUUUCCGAUCCUACAUGAACUUCUACUCCAAAUGAUUAGUAGCUAGGCGACCAUGAUGUGUACAUAUAUGUUGGGCCUUGGAGGAGGCAAAGGAAAGCGGUGGCUGCCAGCUUAUUUUAGCAUGAAGUCCAUGCAUCUUGGCGAUGUAAACUGGAUCUGGAAGGUCGAACUAUAAGCCGGUCGAGCGAUCGAUCUCCUUCUUUGCCUAAAAUCAAUUAGGAAAGGAAAAUAUUUAGAAAUUAAAGGGAAAAAAUUUCCUUGUAACCGGACACGGGGAUAUCUUAGUCCAUGCAUAUUUUGCACCGUGGAGGAAGAGAAAUCGGAGCAAUAUAUAUAUAUCGAAGGCAUCCACAUGGCAAACACGGGGAUAAUGACAAAUUGGCUCUUUUCCCAAGACUCAGAAGCGAAAACAAUUGCGUUUCCCCCUGGCAGCACAAUUUCUGGCUUGGCCACCAAUUGAUGGCGUUUCACAAAAAUAGAAGGCAGAAACGGAUCUGGUUCGACAUGUACAGAGAGAAGAACGUACAAGUUGCUACAAGCCAGAACGUAACAAGUGGUAUCAGAGCCACACGAUGGCUACACGCUCCAAAACCAUCGACAGCAAAGCACCUGAUGAUCUUGUCCAACGGCUGGAGUCCUCCAUGGCCCACUUUCGCCAAGAAAUUAACCUUCGUCUUCAGGAAUCUUGGCAACGCAUGGAGCAAUGCUUUAAGCAAGCUGAUCAAAGGUCCACCGACUUACAGGACGCGAUGGCUUCCUGUCCUCAGAUGGGCACGGACUCUGAUAAUCACGGGCUCUUAGAAGCACCACCUUCCCACCCCACCUCAAUGGCAGCAACAUCAUCCGCUUCACCCGCUACUGCACAACCUCUCGUUCCCCCUACGAUGCGGCGUUCUAGUGAUGUUUCAUUUUGCCUCCAUUUUCCCGAGUUCACUCCGACUAAUUGUUGGUGUAUGGAACUUGAUCCAUACUGGACACUCAUAUGCAAUACUGUACAAUUUUUCUAUAUGUAAGGGCAUAUAUGUCAUUUUAUACAAAUGCGGGUUUGCCCUAAUCCUUAUGUUUAGAGGAUGGCCGCCGCUGGUGUUGAGUCUG